AUGCACACGUUCCUAUUAGGUGCCUUAUUCAUUGCUUUAAGCUCAAGUUGCAUCUUACUGGUAAAAUAUUCCGCCAAUGAAGAGAACAAGUAUGAUUAUCUACCAACUACCGUGAAUGUGUGCUCAGAACUGGUGAAGCUCGUUUUCUGUGUGCUUGUGUCAUUCUGUGUUAUAAAGAAAGAACCUCAUCGAAGUAGAAAUUUGACGUGCUUCCUGGAAGGAAAAUUUUCUAAUUUCACUAAGUGGUCCAUUCCUGCUUUUCUCUAUUUCCUGGACAACUUGAUUGUCUUCUAUGUCCUAUCCUAUCUUCAGCCUGCCAUGGCUGUUAUCUUCUCAAAUUUUAGCAUUAUAACAACAGCGCUUCUAUUCAGGAUAGUGCUGAAGCGGCAUCUAAACUGGACACAGUGGGCUUCCCUCCUGAUUCUCUUCUUGUCUACUGUGGCAACUGCUGGGACUGAAACUUCACAGCAUAACCUGGCAGGACAUGGAUUUCAUCAUGAUGCCUUCUUCACCCCAUCCAAUUCCUGCCUUCAUUUCAGAAGCGAAUGUUCCAGAAAAGAUAAUUGUACUGCAAAGGAGUGGACUUUUCCUGAAACUAAAUGGAACACCACAGUCAGAGUUUUUAGUCAUAUUCACCUUGGCUUGGGCCAUGUUCUUGUUAUAGUACAGUGUUUCAUUUCUUCAAUGGCUAAUAUCUAUAAUGAAAAAAUAUUAAAGGAAGGGAGCCAGCUCACUGAAAACAUCUUCAUACAAAACAGCAAACUCUAUUUCUUUGGCAUUCUUUUUAGUGGACUGACACUGGGCCUUCAAAGCAGUAACCGUGAUCAGAUUAAGAACUGUGGAUUUUUUUAUGGCCAUAAUGCAUUUUCAGUAGCUCUUAUUUUUGUAACUGCAUUCCAGAGCCUUUUAGUGGCUUUCAUUCUGAAGUUCCUGGAUAACAUGUCCCAUGUCUUGAUGGCCCAAAUCACCACUGUCAUCAUCACAGCAGUAUCUGUCCUGGUCUUUGACUUCAAGCCCUCCCUGGAGUUUUUCCUGGAAGCCCCAUCAGUCCUUCUCUCCAUUUUUAUUUAUAAUGCCAGCAAGCCUCAAAGUCUGGAAUAUCCACGCAGGCAAGAGAGGGUCAGAGAUCUAAGUGGCAAUCUUUGGGAGCGUUCCAGUGGGGAUGGAGAGGAACUGGAAAGGCUUACCAAACCCGAGUGAUGAGUCAGAUGAAGACAAUUGGUACCCAAAUAGUUGGCAGCUCUCAAAAAUUGUAUUUUCACAUUUACAAUAUUUGUAAUAUUUAUGUUUUCAUUUUGAUAAACCAAGGAUGUACUAAAGCAUAAUACUCUUUGUAUAUAUCUAAUCACUCCUAAAACGGUUCCAUCCCAAGACUUAAAUUACCCAAAGGGUGAAAAAUUUUCUGAGGAAAUGUCACAAAAUCAUAGCAUAGAGACCAUAUUAAUAGCCCAGUGUUUGGUAAGUCAGCAACAUAUAUUUGCAGAUUAUUUUCUUUGUAC